GUCUGUGGAGAAUGGUGCGUCUUCUUCCGGAAACCAUUAACAGCAUUAAUCUGGAUCGGAUUCUGCUGGAUAUCCACACCUUCAUGAAGGUCUUUCCCAAAGAGAAGCUGAAGCAAUGCAAGAGUGAGUUUCCUAUCAGGACCCUGAAGACUCUGCUUCACACCCUGUGCAAGCUGAAAGGGCCCAAGAUCUUAGAUCACUUAACAAUGAUAGACAACAAAAAUGAGUCUGAGCUGGAGGCUCACCUGUGUAGAGUAAUGAAGCACUCCCUGGACCAGCCUGGAAGCAAAGCUGAUAAGGACACAGAAAAGGGGGCUUCUCGCAUAGAGGAAAAGGCUUCGAAGGCCAAAGUUAAUGAUAUUUUGGCAGAAAUAUUUAAGAAGAUUGGCUCCAAGGAGAACACUAAGGAGGGUCUGGCAGAGCUGUAUGAAUACAAAAAGAAAUAUUCUGAUGCAGACAUUGAGCCCUUCCUGAAAAACUCCUCUCAGUUCUUCCAGAGCUAUGUGGAAAGAGGCCUCUGGCUGAUAGAAACAGAACGGGAGGGGAAAGGACGCAUUGCUACUUCUACAGGAAUUUCUUCUCAUAUGGAAGGAACGUGUGUUCCUGCUUCUACCCACACUGUAUCUUCAUCUAUAGGAAACACAAAUGGGGAGGAAGUGGGGCCUUCAGUUUACUUGGAAAGAUUAAAAAUCCUCAGGCAGCGUUGUGGCCUUGACAAUGCAAAGGAAGACAGACCACCUCUGACAUCUCUGCUCUCUAAACCAGCAGUCCCUACAGUUGCAUCCUCUACAGAUAUGCUUCACAGUAAGCUCUCCCAGCUCCGUGAGUCACGGGAGCAGUACCAACAUCUGGACCUGGACUCCAAUCAGACUCAUUCCUCUGGCAUCGGAAGUACCCUGGCUUCACCCUCUUCUGCAGCAGCUAAUAUUGAUGACUUGAAAAAAAGAUUGGAGAGAAUAAAAAGCAGUCGCAAAUAGAGAUGCGAGAGAGACAGCAUCCCUGUUGCUUGGGCUGUCUUCAGCUUUAGUUUACUAAACUAGAAGUCUUCAUAGUUAAAUGGCCUCAUUUAGGCCUAAUGUAUACAAACUGGUUUAUGUAUAAUACAGUGGAUUUUGGGGGGUUGAGUCAUUGUGGCACAAGUAUUUGUACAUACUCUGCUUCUCAGUGAGCAUCUCUUUGACAAUAGAAGGCUGUCUGUGUAUUAGUUUUAGUGUACAGACCUGUAAACAACCAUCCUCUUGCUCAGACUAGUUUCUCAUAACUUUUUUUAUUUGUAAAAUUGUCUUUAAGAUCUUUUCCUAGUUCUUAACUCUUAGAAUAUCUUUAGUGAUUUUGCUUUUAAUUUUGUGAAUCCUUCUCCAUGUAAUCCUUGAACUGUUGAUUCUGUAUGGACACAUGGCAUGAAGUAACUAAUUUAAGUGUCUUUUGUAAAUAAAGUUUGCAUUAACUAUA